AUGACUUCUCCAACAUUCAUCAAGCUCAAAGGCCAGAACCUGGUAUAUGCCGUGACAUUCGCAUGCAGCAUCGGUUUCCUUCUCUUUGGUUAUGAUUUGGGCUUCAUGGGCGGUCUCACCACGUCGACCACUUUUCUCAGAACUUUCGAAGACCCCAACGCUUCUCUACUUGGUUUCCUGGUCUCUUCUUACGAGAUUGGUGCUUUGCUCGGUGCAGUCUUUGUAUUCUUACUCGGUGAUCGUUUCGGUCGCAAGCCCAUCAUGGUCACUGGUGCUGUCGUCGUUUCGGUGGGUGCAGCAGUACAGACCUCAUCUUUUGGUUCUGCUCAGUUCAUCGUCGGUCGCAUCGUUGCUGGCUUCGGUCUAGGCAUGAUGACAUCCGUCAUUCCCAUCUGGCUGAUUGAAUGCGCGACUCCAAAGUCUCGGGGUCGUAUGAUGGCGAUGCAGCUUUCCAAUCUGAUAAUGGGACUCAUUAUUGCGAAUUGGCUUGACUAUGGCAUGGCUUUCUUCACCACAUCCGUCCAAUGGCGGUUCCCCUGCGCUUUCCAGAUUGUCUUUGUCUUGAUUGCUGUCUCUUUGGUCCCCCUUUUGCCUGAAUCUCCUCGUUAUCUUGCCAAGAUGGGCAAGGUCGAAAAGGCACGCUACAACCUGGCCGCGUUACGUGGUUUGGCUCUUGACGACGACGAGCUUAAGCUGGAGAUACGACAGAUACAGAUUGCCAUCGAUUUGGAGAAUGAGGAGACUGGUGGUUGGAGCGACAUCGUCAAAGAUGGUGGUAUCAGUGGCUCGACUCGCGUAGCCAUUGCCAUGCUAGCCAAUGCCCUCCAACAACUCACAGGCUCCAACGUCAUGUCAAGCUAUGGAUCAUACAUCUUCCAAACUUCCAUCGGAUUGAGUCGUCACGAUUCCUUGCUUGCUGCUGGCGGUCUCCAGAUCUUCUUCUUCCUUAGCAGUAUCAUCCCUUGGUUCAUCAUUGACCGAGUCGGCCGACGCAAGCUUUUCAUGUUCGGCUCCGCAGGUAUGGCCAUCUGCAUGGGCCUCUCGGCAGUCUUCAUUGGCGUCAAGGGUUAUAAUCUUGGUUACGGUGCAGCAGUGAUGCUGUAUCUGUACCAGACCUGCUUCACCGUAGGCUGGCAAAGCAACAUGUGGGUUUACCCUUCAGAGCUACUCCCACUCAAGCUUCGCCUCCGCGGCGCCGCUCUCUCGGUAGUGAUCCAAUGGCUAACCACCUUUCUUGUGGUCGAGAUAACCCCCAUCAUGAUCACAAACAUCGGCUACAAAUCUUACAUCAUCUUUGCAGCCAUCAACCUUGUCACAAUCUUUAUUGUCUACUUCUACUUUCCAGAGACCUCAAAUCUGCCUCUGGAAGCUGUGGACAUCUUGUUCCGGGACCGUCAGGCAGGCCAGAGACCCAGUAUUUACCGCGUGGUGAGAGACACAACUGAUAAGGACUUCUUGGCUGGUGUAGAGAUGGAGUUGAGAGCCGAUGUAGAGGAUGCGGAGGUCAAACAAGGUACAGCUCAUAUUGAAGUGAUGGAGAAGCACGAUUGAGUCAGUCACUUUUGAGGAGCGCGCAGUCUUUGUAUUACAGCUAUUUCGUGGGUCGCAAGGUACUGAUAUCUUGUGGAUCCGAGAGUAUGCCUUGUAUUGAGGUUGCGGAAAGCACGAUUGAAUUAGUCAGAGGUACUCUUGAGAGGAGUACACAUCCUUCUGCAUUCCAACAGUUGUUUUGUUAUGAGAGUCUGAUAAUCGCAAGUUGCCGGCAUCUUACAUAGGUUCCAUCUAUAC